AUGAAUAAUUGGACUUUAGGUACCUUGAAUAUACCUGAGUGUGUACCUACAGAAGGAGAAUCGGAAAUCGACAAGCGAGCCUAUGAGUUCUGGAAGGAAACUCUAGUUGCCUCAUUACAGCUGGUCAAUUCGGCCGAUGAGCGAGCAAAAUUCGGGGUUUUCCGAAUCAAGGCAGGUGCUAAGCUCCGCGAAAUCUUCAACACGACUGAAUCGACGCCCGGAAUGCCCGAUGAGCGUUCAGAACCGUUCUCUAACGCUAUAGCGCGGUUGGACGAUUAUUUCGGGUCCAGAGCAUAUAUUUUAUCACAGAGAGGAAAGCUCAUGAAUUUGUGUCAGUCACAAACCGAAUCGAGCAUCGAAUUCGUCCGUCGAGUUGCUAAUGCAGCAAAACUCUGCAACUACGGUGUCGACGAGGAAAUGGAGGCGGUAGUAAGAGUGAUCACAAAGAGUGCUAAUGAUAGUAGGAUUCGAGUGUUAGCACACAGGAAUUGGGUCAGACAUGGUACUAUGAAAGAUCUCAUCGACCUAGUACGCGAUCGGGAGUUGGAGAAGGCGAAUGAGGAAGAAUUUCAGAGGGCACACAGCAAUUCCGACACGGCAACUCUCGCACUGGUUUCCAGGAGCCCUCAGCAGGUGCACGGAAGUACAGGAAAUUUCCGCGGAAACUGGCGUGGUAUGGGACCAUCACGAGGCACUCGUGGUUCUAGAAAGAAGGAACGAGAGGUUUCAAUCAAGGUGUUUUGCGCAGCCAACGUAGUACUACCUGCUGGAGGUGCGGCAGUGUAUAUCACCAACAUUUUCAUGUCCUAAUGCCGACAAAGUAUGCCAUACGUGUGGACGAAUUGGGCACAUAGCUCGUGUUUGUUCGGCACCUAAUGAAAAGGCUCAAAACAGAUCGUGGAAGCGACCAGCUGACCUGGAAGAUCGUGGUGGUCCAAAGAAAAUUGCUGCUAUUGCAAACCCAUCGGAGGAGCAGGAGAUUACCAAUGAGGACUCACCACCCAAGUCUCAAAAUCUUGAAAGCAUUCAGAGAAUAGACAACGUACAAAACCACAGCACUCGGACGAGGUCAACUGGCAUGUCCCUCAUCAACGCAAAGGUGGCAGGAAUUAAUGUCGAAUUUAUGAUCGAUUCAGGGGCCCAAGUGAAUACCGUGACC